AUGCUUUUAAAAACUGUGAUUAAAUUAAUCAUCUUGAAUUUACCGUAUCCACAGAUGGAAAGCAAAUCAAAAGCAGAAAAAUCAAAUAAUACUACAGUCACAGAGUUUACACUCGUGGGGUUUUCUGAUAUACCCAAUCUUCAGCAGAUUCUUUUUGGGAUAUUUUUUGUCAUAUAUCUGAUGAUUUUGUUGGGCAAUAGCAUCAUAAUACUGAUAACAAGAAUUGAUCCUACUCUCCAGAAUCCUAUGUAUUUUUUUCUUGCCAAUUUUUCCUUCUUGGAAAUAUGUUAUGUAACAGUCACUGUCCCAAGAAUGCUCAGGGAUAUCUGGACCCAGAAAGGAAAUAUUUACUUUCUGCCCUGUGCUACGCAAAUGUAUUUUGUUCUUAUGUUUGGAGGCACAGAGUGUUUGCUCCUGACAGUGAUGGCAUAUGACCGCUAUGUGGCCAUUUGUAACCCUCUGAACUAUUCUCUAGUAAUGAACCACAAAGUCUGUAUCCAGCUGGUGGCUGGCUCCUGGAUAAGUGGAAUUCCAGUCGAAAUUGGACAAACAUGUCAAAUUUUCUCUUUGUCCUUUUGUGGGUCUAGCACAAUUAAUCAUUUCUUCUGUGACAUCCCCCCAAUACUAAAACUUGCUUGUGGGGACACAUUUGUAAAUGAGAUGGCAGUCUAUAUAUUUUCUGUGGUGUUUUUCAUGGUUCCAUUUCUGUUGAUCGUUGCCUCCUAUGGCAAAAUUAUCUCCAGUAUUCUGAAAUUGUCCUCAGUCAGAGGGAGGGCCAAAGCCUUCUCCACCUGCUCUUCUCAUCUGACAGUUGUAGUCUUAUUCUAUGGAACAGCUGCUAUCAAUUAUUUACAGCCCGCAUCAAAUAAAUCUGAAGGACUGAGGAAGCUCCUUUCUCUUUUCUACACAAUUUUGACACCAAUGAUGAAUCCCAUCAUAUAUAGUCUGAGGAACAAAAAUGUCAUGGUGGCACUGAAGAAAUUACUACUUAAUUACUAACUUGAAGAAGUGACUUGAAAUAACAGAAACCUGGUGGCAUAAUGGUUAAGUGCUACGGUUGCUAACGAAGAGUUCGGCAGUUCAAAUCCGCCAGGCAAUCCUUGGAAACUCUAUGGGGCAGUUCUACCCUGUCCUGUAGAGUUGCUAUGAGUUGGAAUCAACUCAACGGCAGUGGCUUUGGUUUGGGUUUUGGGUUUUGUAAUGUAGAUACAACAGGAAAAAUCUUCUAGUUUAGUUUCUACAUUCCUAAAUAGAAAUAAUCAAUGGUGUGCUAACAGUCUCAUAUUAUGUUAAGGGACCUUUGUUCCAAAGAGUUAACUACUUUUGUGUAAUGAAACCACAAAUUAACUGAAGUUCAAAAAUCUAAUCUUGAAGAUCAACCCUUCCUCUGACUGUGACCAAGUGAGGUAAGAGAUUGUUUGAAUAACACGAUGAAAGAUAAUUGAAUGUGUUGUUUAAUUAGGAAUUAGGGUCAUGUUCAGUGAUAAUUUUUUCUUAUAUUUCACUGCAGAUGCAUUUGCUGCCUUUCUCUGCCCCUCUGUUUGGAUUAGCCCAAUUAGCAACACCAACAGUAGCUAAGAUGUUGGGAGCUGGGGAGAAUUUGGGGUUUUCCCUGUGUAUUUUCUCUGCUUCUAUACCUUUUCUCUGCCCAUGUCCCUUAAAGACUACAGAUACUGCAGAGUGUUGCUGCAUCUAUGGUUCCACUCCUCACCAUUCUCUGGUAACAUUAUUUCCUCCCCUUUUAGCUUCAGGCCUUGGUUUUAUAAUAUCUAUCUACACUUGUAAGG